AUGGUCAUUGAUGGUAGUUUUGUUGGUACCAAACUUACUGGUGGUGUUAGUGGUGGUGAAAAAACUUAUGAAGUAAAGUUUGGUGAUGAUUUUUAUUAUGAAGAUCCUAUCGAUGGAAGUAUUGCUAAACAACAGGUAUAUAUUCUUAAUACUUUAUUUUUACUGGAUUUUUCGGCUAAUCUUGGUGUUUCUUUUUGGCCCUAAUCAGUAAUUAUAAAUUAAAUUCCUAAUUUGCGAAUUGGACAACUAUUAACAAACUCUGCAAAGGAACAUUAUAAGUUCUAGAUCAUAAAGUUCCUUUUCAAUGUUCCUCAAUUUGGAAACUCAGGUCUCAAUAAUCGCUUAUUUUGGCGAAGUUGAAGAGUUGAUAGACAUUGCAUUGAUUUAUUGAUUUGUUAGGAAAACAAUAUUUGACAUGGUAUAAAAUAUUUUCGAGAUGGUAAUGUGAGUUGCCCGAACAUUCAGAUCAAGAUAUCUUAGUUCGUGGGUUUCAUUCCUUUUAACUUUGCAUUGAUUUGUCAUGGAUGGUAUUUAUUCACAGGGUGUUCGUGUUGUAUUUGUUGAUGGUUCAAGACUAGUUUAUCGUCUUAGUGGAACAGGAAGUACAGGAGCAACAAUACGUGUCUAUAUUGAAAGCUAUGAAUCUGAUCAGCAGACAUAUUCCAUGGAUGCACAGGUAGAAUAUAAUAUUUUUUUACUAGAGUAAACAUUUUGUAAGGCUUGAUUUAACACGUUGCCUGUUUUUCCAAAUUCUAAGGAGUAGUUCAUGUACGCCUAAAAGCCUGUCCCCAGUUCAACUCAAAGCCUUAAGCCUAAUGUGUCUUGGGACAAAUUAAUCGUCAUUCAUUCAUACAUCCUUAAUUCAUUUGAUUGGUCUGUUCGCGCAAAAACCUCAACUCAUAAUUGAGCAUUGUGCUGAAUAUAUAACUGGCGCAACAGGGUACAUUAGUCUUAGAUGUGCCUCUGAAUGCUCUGAUGAUCUUACUCCAGCUCCCUGACGUCAGUAAACUUUAUCGUUGAACUGAUGGUGGUCAGUCGACAAAUAUAAAAGAGAAUAAUGCUUUUUUAGAUGAUCAAUAAAUUUGGUAAAAAGUCAAUAAAAUAGAGACAUUUAGGUAAUUUGUUUCUUAUAUCAUUAUUCAUUUAACAGGACGUGUUGAAACCGCUUGUCGAUAUAGCAUUGAAAAUUUCCAACAUUCAAGAAUUUACUGGCAGGAAUGCACCGACUGUGAUUACAUGACGUCAUGAAUACGAAUAAUUCACUUAUUGUUCCUGGGCUAUCACCAACAUCAUUAAUGGGAAUGUUGUCGGCCUCACACCUAGCUAGCUGGGUGAAGAACGUAUACAAUCGUAUCAAUCGUAUCGCGAUCAAGAAUACGGACACCAAAAGGAGAGAGCAGAGUGGUCGUAUUUGAUUGUGCCGUAUUAUAUAUAGAGGUUUUCUUAAGAAAAUUUGUGUCAAAAUUUUGUUGGAACAUAGGUUAUUGUAGUAUUAGGGAGGUGAGGUUUCCGUGAGGUUCCGUAUUAAAGAGAUGCGGUAUUAGAGAGCCUGUAUUAUGAGAUGUAUAACAGGGUAGGCCUAUUCCAGUGACCUCUAUAUGUGAUUGGAGUAGAAACUUUUAAAGUUCCUGAAUGAACCAAUGGCGGAAAAAUUAACGGAAGAAGACUGAGACUGACGUCCACUAUUCACUUUCGGUUUUAACUUUAAUUACAUACUAAAACUUUUACAUGUGUAAUAUAUGACUCUCCCUCAAUAUGUUUCGUAGCUUUGUUUCUUAUAGUAAUUACCAACAUGCACAUUGGGCUAAAUCAUUUGUGAUCAGCAAUUGUCAAUUAAGUCCAUUUUAGACCUAUACUUCAAACAUUAAUUUAUAUAGAGGUUCAGAUCAUUCUCGUACCCAGAGCCCUUCUUACGCGUGGUCAACGGAGCGCGACGAGACAAAUGUUUUUUUCCGUAGACAGUCGGACUCCUCAUUGAUAGUCGGACGCAUCAUUGAUCCGCGUCCAGGCCUCCGCGCGUUAUCGAUGGAUCCCUUCGUACCCUGCGUAACCCACUGGUGCACCAUAUAUCCAUCACUCCACGUUGUUCUUCUUCGACCAGGUGUAGAAAGAUGAACGAUUUGCUUCGCGAUGGCAUAGCAAAUCUACAAACUUGUUUUUCUGGUUCCGAAAAUACUCAAGAACUGUUAUUGCGAGUUAAAACUAUAUAUCAUUCCAAUUGAAAAGAAUCAGUAUAAGAUAACUAGCGUGCAAGGACACACUGCAAAAUACCCGUCCACUAGUAAUAUCAUAUAGCCCAGCCACUAUUUCACUGGAUAUGUAUAUACCACUCUUAUUGCCUCGGAACAAGGGAACACGAAAUAUAUUUGGGAACAGGGGAACAAAGCCCCUUUCCUAGAAUAUAUACAAGUGUUAUACAAUGGCCUAACGUAUUGUAGAUGAAAAAUGUGCAUAAGGCCACAUAAAAAAAUAGUUGGUUAGCGCCUCGCCCGCCACAAAAAAUGCCCCGCUCGGGAUUUUUUUUUAUUUUUAUUGAUCAACUGGCUCUAAUAUAUGUAGUAUUUCUGUUGACUGUAGUCAAUUGUGUUAAUAAGUUGCGAAAUUGCGUGCGAAAAUGACGGUAUGAAUCAUAUUUUGAAAUAUAUAAGAAAAAUAUUUGUACUGCGCAAGAAAAUCCAGUUUCGGACCUAAAACCAAGGCGUUAAAAAUUAGUAAAAUUAAAAAAAAAGCGCCCGCCCGACCACUUUUUGGCAAAAGCUAAGGACGCUAACCACUGAUCUACCAACUAUUUUUUAUGUGGCCUAAUAUAUCGUUUUCUGAUCUUCCUGGGAAGUUUUUGCCGUUUCUGACAUUAAUGACCUUCCUGAAUUCGGAUUUGCGCCAAACGUCCCUGAAUUCGGGUUUGCGCUUGCGCUUGCUAGAUGAAGUACCUACUUUUCCUACUGUUGAGCCGGCGAGCAAAUCGCGCUGAAUGCAUUCCUUAUUCUGAAAAUGGCAAGGGAACGAUCGAGGGAUGGCAAGAGUGUACCCUGGAUUCCAGAGCCUUCGACAGUAAAUAAUAAAUUGAAAUGUCGCGAAGGCUCUGGUUCAACGGGGCGAUUCUUUGAUUAAACCGCGCCAAUCACAAAACAGAAUUAGUGGUUUUAGUACAGAAUCUGUACUAAAACCACUAAUUCUGUUUUGUGAUUGGCGCGGCUUAAUCAAAGAAUCGCCCCAUUGAACCAGAGCCUUCGCGACAUUUCAAUUUAUUAUUUACUGUCGAAGGCUCUGGAAUCCAGGGUAGCAAGAGUGCUGAAUUUGUCCAACCAGCUGGUGUACUUGUGGUAGACUGUUCUACCGGCUGCUUGAGGAUCAAGGUGAAGUUCCUCCUCUGGUCAGAUUUUUGAGCAGCCAUCAUGAGUUUUCUGUCACAUUUUGCUUGCACCUGAAAAAGCAGAUACCAACGGCAACGCCCUUCACAGUCGACGCAGCAAUCACCAGAAUCGAAGAGGUAUAUGACUUUGAUUGUCAGUGCAUGCAUAAAACAAGUCAAAGCCUUCCUUAGGACAAAUGCCCAGAGCCAAGGUCUGCAAGGAAACUUUUCUUCAGUCGUUGUGGAAGACGAAACAAGAAUCUUUGGGAGAAAUCCGAGGUCUGCUUCAAAAGUAUGCUCCACAGCUUUUGAAGGUGUUCAAACUUAAAAGCCUUUUGACGCUGGUAGUCGAUCGAGAAUUUUUUUCUCCGAGAUGAAGCCAGUACAUGUAAUAUACCAAUGCAGUUGCAGUUCGCCUGUUGGAGAUUAACAAUAUAUAAAUAUAUAGACAGUAUUAACAGUUUAGAAGCCGGAAAUGCGGCAUGCGCCAACACUUCCGGUGAAACGAACACAUGUUGUAAAAACAUUAGUGAUGAGAGCGAGCGUGCGAAUGGAGAUUGUUAUAUAGGGCGAGAUAUUAAACUAGUAAAAAAGGAAAGAGAUUGUUAAUUAAACCUGUGUUUAUAGAACUGUGAAUUGUCGUAAACACAACAGGAGGCAAUUUACGACACCUGGCACCUCCCAACGGGAUUGUAACUAGAGAUUUAGCUCGAGCAAGAGCAAGGGAAUUCCGAAUAUAAUGGCAUUAAAACAACAACUCGACGAAAUUGAUGGCAAGUUACGUUUACUCAAUUUUACGACCAAGAAAACCGAUGAUAUACUUAAAACAAACGAUGAAGAAGUCGCUAUUCGACAAAAGGAUCAAAUAACAAAGAUUAUUUUGGCUAUAAGUGACCUGAAGCAACUAAUCGAAGAAAAGAAAUUUAUCGAAGGCGACUCCGAAGAGAAUGUCGCAGCAUGGGGGGAAUCAAUCGAGGAAAAUAUAGCUUUGGCCGACGAGAAAGUGAAGCAGUUAAACGAGUAUAUUCAGCGCCUUAAAGCAGACGAACGCCAGAAAGAAAGCGCCCUGGAAAACGAAAAUAAACGACUAUUAGACGAAGAAAAUUAUACGAGACAACAAGCCUUCGAGAAACACGAAAGAGAUAAACAACUUGCCUUCGAACAGGAACUUUUCAAUCAAAAAUUACAGCAUCAAAAGGAAAUUAAAGAAGUUCAAGCAGGGAAAAACUCAUCUACAAAGCUACCAAAGCUUGUAAUUACACCUUUUAAUGGCUCAUAUCACGACUGGUUGCGAUUCUGGGGCCAAUUUUCUGCGGGUAUUGAGUUGGCCGAUAUUCCUGAUGUGAUGAAAUUCUCUUACCUGAAAGAGUUAGUAGAACCCAAGAUACGGACAUGUAUAGAUGGACUGCCCUUCACGACCGAAGGAUACAAAAGUGCGAAGAAAAUCCUUGAAGAAAAUAUGGAAACACCAGUGAAAUUGUGAAUUCCUAUGUGGAAGAAAUCGUGAAUUUGCCAACGAUAACAAGUACCCGACCGGAGAAAAUACACCCCUUCUACGAGAAAUUGGUUUAUUGUGUUCAGUCACUAGAAACUUUGGGAAAACUUCAAGAAGUAAAUGGAUAUGUACGACUUACCUUGAACAAAGUACCUGGAAUACGUAGGGACUUAGUCAGAACUGAGCCCAAAUGGAAAGACUGGACAUUCACAGAUUUAGUCAAAGCACUGUUCGCUUGGACUGAAAGAAACCCUAUUGAAGCAAAGACAAGCAACGAAAGGAAAGAUGCAUCAAGGGCUUAUCAGACCCGUCAAGUAGAUCAGAAAUCUCGAGCGUGUGUAUAUUGCGACUCUAAAAAUCACAAGUCCAUUGCUUGUGACUCGGUGACCACCUGUGAAGCUCGACGAAAGAUUUUAUCGGAGAAGAAACUGUGUUUUAACUGCACGGGUGGUAGUCAUAGGGCAUCUGAGUGUAGGAGUAAGCAAACCUGCCAGAACUGUAACCGACGUCACCACACCUCAAUAUGUGAACCAGCCAAAACCAUUUUGACCGCAGCAUACCACCCCAGCGAUCACAAAGUAAUUUACCCAGUAGUUCUUGUCGAAGUCGACGGUACCAAGUGUAGGGCACUGCUUGACACCGGUUCCGGAAGCUCAUACGCAUCUGCGAAGUUAGUCGAACAGUUAAACAAGAAACCUAGUGAGUCGAAAGUUACAAGAGUUGAAAUGCUAAUGGGAUCAGCAACUCGUCGAGUGGAAAUCUUUAAUGUGAACAUUAGCAGUACUGAAAGCAACUUUAACUUGGAAACUAAGCUGACUAAAGUGGAAAAACCUUGUUUGAUGGAACUUCCUAACCCUCACUAUGACAGUCUAAUCAAGAAAUAUCCCCAUCUUGGUGGAGUGAAGAUGAUUGACGAUGACCAAAAGGAUCAACUUCCAAUACAUGUCGUGUCGGGAGCUUGUGACUAUGCCCGUAUCAAAACAAAAUGUGCCCAAAGAGUCGGUUCACCUGGAGAUCCAGUUGCAGAGAAAACAUCAUUCGGCUGGACUAUGAUGUCACCCGGAGUUGAAAGUGAUUCAAACAAGAUGUUGCUAACACAGAUCUCCACUGCUGAUUAUGAAAACCUCUGUCGGUUGGAUGUGCUUGGUUUAGAAGAUCUUCCAGAGAAUGACCAGGACAUUGUUUACGCAGAAUUCAAAGAGCAACUGAGACGUGACCCUGCAGGAUGGUACGAAACUGGGUUACCCUGGAAGGGUAACCAUCCCCCUUUACCAAGUAACAAGCAGGGUAGUGUUCGACGGUUAGAAUCACUAAUGCGAAAACUGAAUCGCUCUUCCAUUACCGAGAAAUAUGAUCAGAUUAUUCAAGAACAGAUUCAAGAGGACAUUGUACAGAGUGCUCCAGAAAAACCUAACGGACAUGAGUUUUAUAUCCCGCACAAACCGGUGAUUCGAGAGAACGCUGACAGCACUAAAUUAAGAAUCGUAUAUGAUGCAUCAGCCAAAGAAAGCGCAGAAGCACCAUCACUUAAUGACUGUCUUCAUACCGGCCCGUCAUUGCAGAACAAGCUAUGGAGUGUUUUGGUCCGCGGUAGAUUUCAUCCGGUUGCCGUCAGUGGUGACUUGCAGAAAGCCUUUCUGCAAGUCAGAAUCAAAGUAGAAGACCGUGAUGCACUGCGGUUCCAUUGGAAGCCCAACAGUCAAGCUGAGAUACAAACCCUCAGAUUUACUCGAGCCUUGUUCGGGUUGGCGCCAUCACCCUUCUUGCUGGGAGGGGUGAUCGAGUACCAUCUACAAUCGUGGGAAGAUAGAAAACCCGAUACUGUUGCUGAAAUCAAGAAGAGUCUUUAUGUUGACGACCUUAUCUUGUAGAAAGCGAAAGAAUUAAGAGACGGUGCAAUUGAAAUUUUUGAAGAUGCUAAAUUCACCCUCCACAAGUGGAAUUCCAAUGAAGAUGAGUUACAACCAAAGGAAGUAAAUGCACAGUCGGAUGAAAGUACCUAUGCUAAGCAACAACUUGGAGUCAAGGCAAACGAAAGCAAAAUUCUCGGUCUUCCUUGGGACAAGGCGAAAGAUACCUUAAAGGUAGUUUAUCCCCAAGAGUAUGGUGACGUGACAAAACGAGGUAUCCUUACUAGUUUGGCAAAGAUAUACGAUCCACUUGGCCUUGUUUCUCCAACAACCCUAAUUGGAAAGCUUGUGUAUCGAGAUGUUUGUGAUCUGAGGUCAGCCUGGGAUGCGCCUGUUCCAAGUCAGCCAAACAUUCGGUGGAAGAAAUGGUUUGAUGGUCUCCCUAAUGACGUACAAUUUCCCAGAUCUAUUGUGCGACAUCAAGAGACAAUCGAAAGCGUAGAUUUACACAGCUUCGGAGAUGCAAGUGGAAAUGGAGUUGCGGCCGCAGUUUACGCAAUUGUGAAUCAACAAUCUGGAAGCAGUCAAGGUCUUGUAGCAGCGAAAUCACGUCUAGCGAAAAGAAAUACUACAAUCCCACGACUCGAACUGACGUCAGCACACAUGGCAACGAAUCUCCUUAACAACGUCAAGAAUGCUUUAUCGGGAUUUCCAAUAAACGAACUACAUGCGUGGUUAGACAGUACCGUGGCCUUGUAUUGGAUUCAGAACGGCGGUGAUUACAAGCAGUUCGUGGCGAAUAGAGUUCGAAAAAUCCAAGAGUAUAAUGAAAUUGUUUGGCAUCAUGUACCAACUGGAGAUAACCCUGCGGAUCUUGGGAGCAGAGGCGGAAGUGUGACAAACCACAACCUUUGGUGGAACGGCCCGGAGUGGCUCGCCAACCGAGAAGAAUGGCCCCCUGAUAUUGUGAUCAAAUCUUCACCUGGAAGCAAAGCAGAAACGAAGAUGACGAAAGAGGUCAUUAACGCAGCAGUGGAACGAGUCGAUGAUCAAUUCGAUGAUCUGUUGAAGAAGCACAACCUUUGGAAGGUCCUGCGAAUCGGUGCAUGGAUCAAUCGUUUCCUACUGAAUUGCAAAGCAAAACCUCGAGAUCGACAGUUGGGUCCUCUGCGCGCCAGUGAGAUAAAGAUCGUGAAGAAAUGGUGGAUUAAACGAGUGCAGAACGAAGCGAAAAACCAACCAGUAUUUGCUAAAGAAAGCCUGGAACUGAAUCUUCAAGAGAACGAUGAACAUAUCCUAGAAUGUAGAGGAAGAAUUCAGGGCGUCUAUCCUGUAUACCUACCUGACAACCAUACCUUUACCGAGAAAGUAGUUGAAGAUUCUCACUUGCAAACGCUCCACGGGGGAGUGACCUUAACCAUGACCCACGUCCGAAACAGCUACUGGAUCCCCAGAUUAAGAAGAUUGGUCAAGCGUAUUCGAAAGAGUUGCUUCGGGUGUAAGCGAGCUCAAGCGAAGGCGUAUUCUGUACCGCCCCCUGGAAUCCUACCAACAACAAGAACAGAAGGAAAAAAUGCGUUUGAAGUUAUUGGAGUGGACUUCGCGGGUCCACUUAAAUAUUGUACAGCUCGAAAGACUUUCAAGAAAUCUUAUUUGAUCUUGUACACAUGCAGCCUGACUCGUGGAAUGUAUUUGGAAUUACUACCAAGCUUAGAGACGGACGAGUUCUUGAAAAGCUUUAAAACAUUUAUUGCAAGAAGGGGACGACCAAAACUCGUGUAUUCUGAUAACGGGGGAACCUUUGUAGGAGCAGCGUCCUGGCUCAGACAAGUUAAGAAUGAUGAGCGGAAUCGAGGGAAAUGGCAACUUGGAGUUAUCGUGCAACUUAUCACAGGCAAAGACGGGAUUGUCAGAGGAGCGAAGUUACGAGCGGGAAAGGGUAUUCUUGAGAGAGCCGUACAGCAGUUGUAUCCAUUAGAACUUUCGUGCAAUUGUGAGAAACCAAAACCGGCAUUGAGAGCCCAAGCUCCUGAGUUUCGACCAAGACGUACUGCAGCGGCUGUAGCGAGAUUACGGAUUCAAGACGAAGCUGAAGAGGAUGAACUUGAUUGACGUUCUUAGUAACUAUUGGUGGUUUAUUCUUAUUGUUGUUGUUUGGGAAUCUCCGAUAGUUAACAUAUAUAUCUCAAUAUUUGAGUUAUAUAGGGGGAGUGUGUUGGAGAUUAACAAUAUAUAAAUAUAUAGACAGUAUUAACAGUUUAGAAGCCGGAAAUGCGGCAUGCGCCAACACUUCCGGUGAAACGAACACAUGUUGUAAAAACAUUAGUGAUGAAAGCGAGCGUGCGAAUGGAGAUUGUUAUAUAGGGCGAGAUAUUAAACUAGUAAAAAAGGAAAGAGAUUGUUAACUAAACCUGUGUUUAUAAAACUGUGAAUUGUCGUAAACACAACAGGAGGCAAUUUACGACAGCUCUAGCGAAAGUGGAUGUACCACCUAUACAAUUUCUUGGAAAAGAACUAACACCCGUUCUCUUCGCAAAAGACUUGGGCGUAACAACCAACCUGACCUUGACGUUGAUGGGGUCGCUUUGUUAAAUUAGUAGAGUUAAACAUCUUUUUGACAAAUCGACUCAAAUUCUGAUUAUCAAGUCUCUAAUAUUUGGUAAACUAUACUAUUGUUCCUGUGCAUGGGCGGGUACUUAACAAAUUACAGUUAGUUCAAAACUUUGCUGCAAGGAUUAUUCUUGGAAUUAAGAAAUUUGAUCACAUAACACCUGGUCUUAAAGAAUUGGGAUGGCUAUAUGUUAAGAAUAUGUUAGAGUAUAGGGAUGCUCAAAUGAUUUAUAAAAUAACAAGACGCUCUACGGAGCGUUAACUCGCUGGGACUAUACUAGACUUGGUUGAAGUUAUAAGGUUUUCCCCGAGCUAAGCGGAAAAGUCGAAUACCGGCGCGAAAGGCUUAACACAGUACUAAAAUGCGGUAGACCCUACAAGUAAAGUUAUAUUUAGUACGCUACAUUCUAUUUCUUCAAGACUGUCAGCCGCCAGUUGGUCCAUACGCUAGGAUUAAACUGCGCUUUAAAACGUUCAAAAUAAAAUAUUUGGGGGCUUUUGGGCUCAAAAUGAAGAGAGAAGUCAGACGAAUCCACUGGUAUACGGCCGAAAAAGAGAAAACCAAUGAUACCAAAGGCAAAGUUAAUAUCAAGGUCAAGGAUCAAACAUACUGCAUUUUUUUAUAAUUAGUUUAAUAAUUUUGAGCGAUUUGUCAAUUCAAUGCAAUACAAUUUCGAUUGUGUACAGGGUAAAUAUGAUGUUUGUGAUGUUACUCUGAGUGUGUAUUCACACCGGGAAAGCUUGAAAAAUAUGCCUGGAUAUUUUUCAAGCUUUCCCGGUGUGGAUACACACUCAGAGUAACAAUUUCGCUUGGCUUUCAAAGACAAAGGCUAUAAAUCGCUAGAAUACUGUUUUUUAUAGUAAUACUGUACAUUUGACAUCCGUAAUUACUAAUUAGUACGAUUUGAAUCGAACGGUGGUAUUUUUAUCCUUAUUGCGCCAUUAGGCAUUACAAAUACACUAUGAAACGUACUGCGAGCGAUUUGUCAACAAUACAAUUUCGCUUGAUUUUCAAAGGCCAUAAAUCGCUAGAAUACUGGUGUUUAGUAAUAUACUUGACAUCCGUAAGUACAUUUUCUUACGCUGAAUCGAACGGUGUGCCAAACGUAACUUGCGAUUUGCGAAGGUUACUGUUUCCAUGUCGAAAUUCCUUGUAAAAUUGUUCAAUUUUCCUGAAUUUUCCUCAAAAUGCGGGGUUAUUUAUGGAUAAUUUGGGUCAAAUUGGCAGGAGCCUUAUGGAUAAUUGGGGGGAAAUUAGGCAGCUCAUUAAUAUUCUAUUUUGUGGCUAUCGACGAUUGGAGAUCCACUAUCCGUGAUCCGUGACAAAUGCAUGCCGAAACCUAUACUCGCCUGGGCAAAGGUGCCCCAGCGAGUAAUUAACGGUAGUGCACCACUAUAUUUGUGCAAUCUCUUUAAAAACGGUCUGACGUGCAUAAUGUAUAUCGGUUAUAAGUAUAAUACUGAUACUAUGACUUAUGAUAUUCCAGUAAUGAUGAAUAACCAAUUCAUAACUCUUGCUCAUUCAUACACAUGCCUUGGGGUUAAAGUUGAUGAAAACCUUAAUUGGCAUGAGCAUGUUGAAAUGAUUUGUAAGAAAGUUGGGGCCGGCAUAGGAGCAAUGCAACGAAUUAAGCCAUAUGUUCCUAUAAAUACCCUGCAUACCAUUUACAGAGCUUUGAUAGAACCGUAUUUUGAUUAUUGUAGUCCAUUAUGGGACGUCUGUAACCAACAGCUGAAGAUAAGCUUCAAAAGUUCCAAAACCGUGCAGCGAGAAUUAUAACCGGCGCCAGCUAUGAAAUAAGGUCUAUUGAUGUUCUUCGAUCCCUUGCUUGGGAAAAUUUAGAGAUAAGACAACGUACAACUAAAUCCACAUUAAUGUAUAAAGUCCUGAAUGAUUGCGCUGGGCCGAACUUGAAGGAUGCUCUAACGAGAAGGGACCUUGUUCAAACCAGUUAUAAUCUUCGCAAUACUUAUACUGACCUUACCUUGCUAAGCCAAAACGAGAAUUUCUAAAAAAAAGCUUUAAGUAUAGCGGAGCUAAAUUGUGGAAUAAUCUUCCUUCUGAUGCGAAGCUAGCGCAAUCAAUUUAUUCUUUUAAAAACUGCCUGAAAGAUUCACGCUAACAUCUUCUAAUAUACUGUAUAUGCAUGCUUUAGAAAUAUGGGUCACACCGUUUGGAACUUAAUUCUUGUAUUGUAAAUAGUUGUAUAUAAUUCUUUAUUCUUUUCUAGAUCAUAUUUGUAAUUUUUAAUAGUAACAGACGUCCCUCGUGAAAAUCAACAAAUCGUUGACGAGGCUAACGUCUUUAAAUAAAGUUUACAUACAUACAUACAUACAUACAUACAUACAUACAUACAUACAUACAUACAUACAUACAUACAUACAUUCAUACAAACUCGUAAUUGUCUUAAUAUCCCAAAAUGCAGAACAAGUUUGGCCCAAAGAUCAUUCAGGUAUAGAGCUACAAAAAUUUGGAACAAUAUUCCAGAUAAGAUAAGAAACAGUCAAACAAUAACUAUUUUUAAAAGGAAAGUCAAGAAAUGGUUACAUACCAAAACUUAACAGUUAUAAUUCUAGCCGAUAGUGUAUAGUAUUUAAUUAUUGAUAUAUUUGUAAAUAGGUAAUUUAACUACGUCAUCUGAGAAUUGUAAUUAGGCCUGAAAAGCCCCACGGGGAGGUUCUAAUAAAGUAUUAUAUUGUAUUGACCUGUUGUUGAAGAGAAAUAUUUGCAGGCAAUUUAAUUUGUCCACUUCUUACGAAGUUUUUUUAAUGCCAGAAUUUGACCAUUUGGAAAAUUAUAAAAAGAAUGCUCGGGAUUUCUUUUAUUGUUUGGUAAAAUAACCAGGGACACAACACGCAAAGCCAGCCGCCACUUCUUUUACUCAUGCUUCGUUUACUCACAAGUGACUACUAAGAUCGGAAUUCCCCGUGCGCGUCACGCCUUGUGACGUCGUUAUGCGUAAGGUCUAUUGAUCGUUGUAGGCGUCGUUUAUCGUGAUGUUUUAUCAUUGAAUCACCAGUUAUAACUACCGUAGGUGGUUUCUACAGUAUAUCGUAUUCUUGUGUUGUGGUUAGUGAUUGCGCUUCUUCGGUUGUUACACGUUGUUCAGCUGUAGCUUUUAGUGCCCAGUUGCUUUGCACCAUUGUUAUGGGUGAAAUUCAACCGAUCAAUGAAUAGAUAGAGUAAAAAAUCCGGGGGGAACAUGCAAAUGAUGUUUAUAUACUGCAAAUGAAAGAAACAUUUGCCGUGAAAAAGCUCAAAAAGCUGACAACCUUCAAGACCCCCGUAAGUGGUGCAACAUCAUUAAUAAAAUCUAAGGCAGAUCUGCGAAUGCCACUCUGAUCAGUUAUGAGGAUUGAGAAUGAGACUGGGAACGUGAUUUCUGGGAUUAAUUCGUCAGAUUAAUUAGUCAUUAAUUCGUCGUUACGAGCCUCCUUUGCUCCUUUCCCACUCAGUACCACUUGCCGGAGAUAAGACCUGGUGGUUAUGGAAAGACUCCUUUAUAACCCCCAAACCCAAAGUUUUCCCAGUGACGGUUGGUGGAGACCUUAGACCCAUUUCACUUACUACUGCAUGUAUUGCAAAGAUCCUAGAAGAUUUUGCACUAAAAUGGCUGAUCAAGGACAUCCGACACAAAAUUGACCCACAACAAUUCGGUUCGCUUAAGGAAACUUACAGCUUUGUCGGAAAGAAAAGCAGUUCAUGUUUAACCAUAAGCAGCCCAAAAUGCGUGUAGAAUGCGUCAAAUGUCAACUUAUAAUAAGCUCGCCCCACUCCUUUGUCAUUUGUCGCGCGCCGCAAUACAUAUAUAUAAAAGCAGUGUGGCCUCUGCAGUGACCCCACGACCGCCGUUGUUGCCCUCUGAUUCGCCUCGGGCGACAACGGCGGUUUCAGGUCCACAAAACACACUGUUUCCCUCGGUCUCAGUAAAUAGGUGAUAAAUGUAAUAUUUUGCAAUAAUAAUAGUACAUAGUGUUUUCCAUAUACUAAAACAAAUAUUAUUAACUGUUGUUGUUAAUUGCAUUUGCAGUUAUGCUGCAGCCACAUGAUUUUGAUGUUAAAGAGAAAUCCAAACACAAGUUCAUGGUACAGUCGAUGAUUGCCGUUGGGAAUACAGAAAACCUUGAAACUAUAGUAAGAACUUUUUGUUUAUAUUACAGUAAACAAUGGAAUAUAUUGGUCGUGAAUAAUCCCAAUAGUUUACAUUAAAUAUAUAUAGAAAUCUCGGCCUAAGGAGCUUUGUACAGUUAGUCCCCGCGUCAACUGCGCGUAGUGGAUCAUCAAAGAUCGCGGGCGCGUGACUAUGGUUUAUGGCAUAGGUGGACCUCUUCACUGAUGUGUUUGGCAGGUGUUGGAUAAGCAAGAUUUUCACAAUCGUUUCAUACAAUGAGCUUUGAAGCAAUUUUUGUUUGAAGAAAUGAGAAGAAUUGAUUUACUAUGGAAGAUCGUGAAAUAUAUAGGGCAGAUUUGCUUUGUUCGUCUAUAUUUUCCAAAAAUUGAUUUAAUAUGAAGUAUUAGUAAUUGGCCAACACUGAACGCAGGCUCGCGUUUUUAAUAUAUAUUUUUUGCACAAAACGGCGAAAAUAGUUGAAACAUUAGUAUCGUGAACUAUACAACAACGAAUUGUAGGUAUGUUAUUUUGCAUUUUGUGAGCUUUGAAUUAAUAUAAAAUUUAACCUGAAACGCUUCGAAAUUCAUUCAAGCAAACUGUUUUUCCGAUAAAGUGUUUUUACUUAAUAAAGCAAAAUAAGUUAACUGUAUUAUGGAUAGUUUAUACGGUAUCUGGCUUCGCACGACAAAGAAUGAAGAAUACACAUUUUAUGGUUAAAUGGUUGAAAAAUCAACGAAGAUGGCCUCGAUUGCAAACGAGCAAUUAAUUUACUUACUUUGAACGAAAUUAGCUAUACGCUAUGACAAUUGCCAAUUCUAUAGGCUAACCACAUGUACGCAAUACGUACCUAUUUUUAGGGUUACCUACGUAAUUUCGAGCACAGACAGAUUAAUACGUAAUUUGUCGAUUUGUGAUUGAAAAGAAAGAGCUGGCCCAGCAACUAAUAAGCUGUCUUCAAGACAGUCUAGAAGUAUCAACGAGAAUUAUGUUUUCCCUGUCAUUCAACUGAAUUCACAUGUUGUGUUUUAUCAUAAAAUUAUACUGCGGACGGGUAAUAAUAAUAAUAACACUUUAUUUAUUGAGGAUAAACAGAUGAAGUUACAACUUUUUUCCAAUCUGGUCCUCCUAAACACUAUAGACACAACAAGAAUAACAUUAAACAUGACUAUUUUCAGUACUUCCUAGGAGUAUGAACAAAUGAAAUCGUGGGUAUAAUGUAAAGUAUUAUAGUAGCAGGUGCGAGUUGUUUGACGAAAAGUCCAACUUGUUAGUAUCUUUUGAAAAAUUUUCACACUGAUUUUAAUAACAACAGCAAAUUACGCUGGAUUAUAAUUCAAUGUGUAAUAGUGUUUUCAAUUUUUUAAGAAGUCGAAGUGAAGAUUACUACGAAAACACGCUCGAUAUGUUGCUGACACGCUUUGAUUUACGAUUUAUUUAGAAUGUGCUCAUGCUGGGUCGAUGUUUUCGCGAACUAAGAGAGCAAUGGGUGAAUAAAGGGAUACCGAAUGGUUUUCCGUGCAGGAUUGCGUGAUCCAUGCACGAGGGAUGUCGCGAGACUUUCGGAAAGCGUAAAAAUACUCGAGCCGCAGGCGAGUGUAUUUUUACGCUUUCCGAAAGUCGAGCAACAUCCCAAGUGCAUGGAUCACGCUAUCCUGCUUGGAAAACCAUUUGGUAAUUGUUUUAUAAAAUAACUACAGUGAAACAAUGACAUUUUGUGAAUCCCGCGAAAAUCCCGCGAAGGCAUUUUAAUUCCUCGUGCAGGAUAGCCUGAUCCUGCACGGCUAUUGACCAAUCAAAUUGCGUAUUUCACUGUAGUUAUUAUAUAAUACGUUCUACAUAACGUUGCGAUAUGUGUCAAAAAUUGUCUUGUGCAACAUGUCAAGAUUUUGUUGGCAUCUCACUCGAUUGAAUAAUAGUUGAAGGCUCUUGUUGUUGGAAUUUAUGGAGUGGAAAUUUAUAUGCAUUUAUUAGACCUAACCCAAGAACAGUUUCAACUUUGCAACCAAGAACAGUUGCAACAGCGAAAAAUGCAACUUUAGGUCCCUGGCAGGAAUCGAACCUGUGGCCCUGCGAUUCCGGUGCAACGCUCUAACCAACUGAGUUAUACAGAGUCCAGUUGUCGGAUAUUCAAUCGAGUGAGAUACCAACAAAUUCUUGAUAUAUACCCAUCACCUAACAUGGCAACACGCCAGUAUUUUUAUAUGAACUUGUGGUUUGAGCUCGACAACUGGACUUUGUAGAUCGGUUGGUUAGAGCGCUGUACUGGAAUCGGAGGUUCGAUUCCUGCCAGGGACCUAAAGUUGCAUUUUUCGCCGCUGUUCCUGGUUAGGUCUAAUAAAUAUAUGUAAGUUCCACUCGGUAAUUUCCAUCUACAAGACCCUGUAACAGGUCUUUAAUUAACGAUCAAAUCAAAUCAAAUGAAAUGGCAAAUUGGUAAAAGUUUACACACGGAAUAUUCCUUUAUUUCUUCUCAAAAUUUAAAUACUCAUGCAGCGAAAUAUGUUAAAGUCUGAUUUGUAUAGGAAAUUACAGGGUUCGAUAAGAAAAAUCGCACGCGUCUUUGGCGAAAUAUUAAUAAUACCACGACCAUACACAAGUGCGAUUUUCAUUAAUAAUACGAAACAAUUUGAUUCCUUUAUAUGUCAUUUGAUUCCUUUAUAUGUCAAGAUGUCUACGAAUGCUCAAUGAUAAGAAAAGCAGUUUUUUUAAUUUAAAUUUUGUGCUUGAAAUUUGCACAUAUUUUGGCAUAUGGGCGCUGAGCCGUGCAAUUAAAAUGUAAUUGCAGAGCUUUACAAUCCAGGAAAUUCGAAAAUCGAAUAAAAUUGACUAAAAUUAUAUUAGGGGCCGACCAUUUAACUUUUGAGAGGCGGGUGAUUUUGAAAAAAAAUUUCCAGCAAGGCUAUUCUGAACAAAAAAAAAUACCUGCAUUAACAAACUGUGGGAAAAAAUAUCCUGCCCCAGUAUUUGGUGGGAAAAAAAUGUUGCAAAACAGCAUGGUUGCAGGGAUUGAUUUGACCAGUCCCAGAAGAUCAGCUGGUUUGAUUUUCAGGGACUAGUGUAAGGUUAAUUUCAUGUUGGAAAACUCCUCAAAAUGCUGGAAAUAGCUUAUCGCACCUUCGGUUGUCGACUCGGUUCUCUCAGAAUCCUAGUUAUGGCCCAGAGGAGGUUGGACAGCCAAUUAGGCGAACAUCUCGACCAAUCAGAUUGCGCCAUUUUCCUCAUGCUCAUGUACUUGCCAUGGUCUGAUGAAUUUCAACGCUACGCGUUGCUACUUGCUGAACAGUAAUGUAUCGAUCAGAAAUUUAUUCAUACAACUAAACCAACGUCUCAAUAAUUGCAAACUUUACUUCAAAGUCGAAAGGUAUCGUACAAUGAAACUUUCAAAUGCGAGUAUAUUUGUAAAAUUAUGUGCAAGAAUUUCUGUUCAGAAUUUCUGACCAGUCAAAUUGCGUGUUUCACUGUAGCUAAUAUAUAACUGCUAUUACUAGCUUUUUUCUAAAGAAAUUUGAUAUACUAUAGAAAUUUCGAUAUAUUAUGGAUUUAUAUAUAUUGGUUAAAGUAUGUAAAUAAUUAAAGCACUUCUGUAACAAUAUUUUAUUGGUGAAAUUCAUUGUUUGGCUGAUGUUUUAGAUUUGAGAUUCGUGAUUUUGGCUAGUGGAUUCUAUUUUUGUCAAUGAUUUCGUCUGCAAGAAUUAAGCAUCAUCAUUAAAUUUGGAGUUCUAAACUUGUUCACCUCUCUGGUAAUGUUACUGAUAUGAUGACUUGACAUGACUUCUGGAUUUUCAAAACUAACCCAGCGACAACAAGAACAACUACUCAUCCACCUGUUUCAAAAAUGACUGGUAAAACUUAAUCUUGGUUUAGAUGCUAAAUUUGUCCCUCAUCCCACUUGUUGCCAAGGCUAUGUCUGUAGUUCAUGCUGGUAAAAAAGACAAUCUGAUUUAUAACGCUGCUCGAUGCUUUGGAUAACAACGUCAUGGAGAUGUUGGUCCUAUAAUGCCAUUGGAUAGAAUGUACUUUAUAGCAGUGAAGGCCCACUUGGCCUUUUUUAACAGUAUUUUGUAUAAAUGCUGUUACACAACUAAUUCAGAUAAAGUUUGAGAAAUGGUGGUUCUCAUGCACCUAUCAAUGCAACCUCGUUCCCAGGGUCUCUCCUUCUGUCAUCUGGGAGAGACCCUGGCUGCGGCUGGUCACGUGCCUCCCAGAUUCUGGGAGGUAAAUUUAAUUGUAACUGUGAGAGGGGUGGGAAAGGAGCGUGUUUGUAGCGUUUUAAAAUUGCAACUUUGGGUCAUGAAAUUCACUGUAAAUUUGCAACAAGAAAUCGUAAAGAAAACUCUUAAAUUAAUAUUUAUAUCGUGACGUUCUACUCUAUAAUCUGGUGUCGAGUUACAAUUCAAGCAAGUUGGAUCAGAUUUCAAUAUUCAACUUAUAGACUUGCCAAAGAAAGCACGCUUGCCGCUUGUGCAGCGUGGCAAUAUUAAACCUACAAGAAAAUAUAUAUCUCCAGACCGAACAGUGUGGUUGUUAUUUAUUAGUAUUAAAGUUUAUCCUGAUACUCGGACGAAAAGAAUUUAUUUAUUGAUGAGAUGUGGAAUUGCAACGAAAUAGCGAGAUCUUUUGAUUUCCGAAAUAUCGCCAACUGUAUCCAGAUUGUUGAUCUAUAUAAAGGCCUUAUCAAGAAACUUAAAGCCCGUCAAAACACUAUAAAAUUGGCCCUUUUAAUUAAUGGCUGAAACCAACGAUCAUGGUAUAUGUCAAAGUAUAGCUGUCUGUUGAAAAUCUACUGUAUUAAAAUCAUACACCAAAGAUAAGUCAAACGACAAUUUAUAUGUCACUAUAUUAUACAUGUCUUUCAAUGAGCACUGUUUAGUAGUGUUCACCACCUAUAUAAAUUUUGUAAACAGCUUUCGUUUUGACAUGAAUAAGCUUUAAUUUUUUUUGCUUUGUGAAAUAGAAUACCGUUAUUUUUUAAUGGACAGCUUGCAUCGUCUAUAUCAUAUCCAGGAUUGCUUGUGUGUAGACGCAUUAUUCAGUAUAUGACACUAUCAAAUAAAUAUAAGUAGUAAAUGAUUAAUGAAUUAGAGAUAAACAGGUGAUUCACAAUGAAAACUUUAAAAAUGUUAGUAGAAGUAGGCUAGAAAACUCGAAAAUUUAUGUCUAUUCGUACCAAUCGUAUGAUGCCAAUGACGGUCUGUGCGCAUCUGACACUGUAAAUUUGUAAUAUAGAUUAUAGUAUGUUAACACAAUAUAAUGAUUAAUAGAGACCAAAAAAGUCUUACUAUAAUUACCGAAUACGAAUUAUGUACUAAAUCCAGAUAAACCAAUGACUGAAAUCUCCUCUGUACUUAUAGACAUUUCUCUAUUCGGCUAUUAUCAAAUGUUUACAUUUGCUAAUAUUGGGUCAGUCCUAGAGAAUACUGUUUCUUUUAAAAAUCUUAUAAACAAGACGCGUAGUAACAAGUGAAUCGGUACAAAGCGUAUCAACGUUUACAAGAAAGGACGAAUGUAAUCAUUUAUGGCGUAUUUUAAAAACAUUACAUAUUAAAAGGUUCGUUACAACCGCGCUCGAUUGUGAAGAGAGCAUGCAUUGAAUAGCAACACGAGAGAGCACGUACUGUACUGCGAGUAACGAUUUGCGUUGUUUCUUGACUUGACUGUAAGUAAGAAUGUAAGAAUGUUCUUGUAAAUUCAAAGCAAAGAAAAUAAACAAAAAUUAGCAAGUAUUUUGAACGUAAUAAUUCGCAAAAUUUAUGUUUUUAACGAAUAUUCCACUGGAAGCAUGUUGAUGUAAUUUGAUACUUUGCCCACACCCCCUCAGGCGCUAAAUUUUUGAUGAGGCACGUGACCAGCCGCAGCCAGGGUCUUUCCCAAAGAAAGAUCCUGGGUACGAGGUUGCUAUCAAUGUUAAACCCCAGAGAGGGGGGUCGGACAUAUGUGGGGCAUUUGAUUUUUUUUAUCAAAUUUUCAAUCAAAUGCCCCACUGUUGGGCAAUAAAUAUUGGUCAAAUACCCUACCAUUUUGCAAUAAAUUGCAAUAAAUACUAUAUUAAUAAAAGCCAUUUUGGUACAAAUUGCCCUUUCUUGGGCCCAAAUGCUAAUCCAUAGUUAACUAUGGCUAAUCAAAAUCCCUAUAGGGUGGAGAUGUAAUUAAUGAUCAAAUACCCCACUCCCCCCCUCUCUGGGGGAGUUAACAUUGAUAGGUGCAUUAUAUGCAGGGUUUUUUUUUGUAUUAUCUUAUAAUGUACCUUAAUUAAAGUAUCAGCAGCAUGUUAUUGUGGGACCUUUGAUCAAUAUUAUUGUAUAUAAAUAGACAUAUUUUUGUUUUAUUGUUGCAUUAAUUUUAAUGAAAAUUUACUCACAAAGUUGGUCAAGUGAAUGUAUAAACUGUUUAUUUAUUCAUUUAGUACAGCACAUGUUACAAUUAUGUACUUAAUUGCACGAGUGUCCAUAACGGACAUUGUUUUAAUUGCACCCACUUGUGAUUAACCUUAAGUUUUUGUUUAAUUUAAAAAUGCUGAAAAAAAUUUAAAAAGUUAGCCAAUUGAAAUAACAGCAUAAAAUUUCUAUAACUUGCUAAACCUAGUCAGUAGCUAUUAUAUCACAAACAUCUGUCAACAUACACUCAUGCUCUUCUUUACCACUUAAGUCUCCCACUCACAACGUCACUUUAUGACAUUUUUGGAUAAAAUCCUAUUUUGAAAAACUCAACCCUAUACUUGAUAUGCUGAACAUAGACUUCUAAGAUAUCUCCUGUGGCAAGUAGUGGGUGCAAAUACUCGCAUAGUUCAGAAGCAAUAUAACCAACAUGUGUCCAUCCUGUUCCAUAGUCUAGAUCAAUUGCACUUGGGUCCAUUGAAUUCAAUUGCUCUGGCCAAUGAAGAGCAAGGUAUGCCUGUUCCAAAAUGAUGUUGGUAGUUUUUCUCAUGAGCAGCACCGAUGCACUUGAAUGGUACAGCAUGGGUGAUUUCGUCCUCGUCACUUUCAUCCUCAUCACUUAAAUGGUCACCACUUUCUGCCCUAUCACUUUCAUUAUCACUUUCUGCCCUAUCACCUUCAUUACCUGACCAGGUUCAAGACCAGCCAACCACUCAAAUAGAUCUCUUUCUACAAAAUCAUAACAAGAAAAUUUUUAUUUUAUUAUUUUAUACAUACACUGUAAUCUCUAAAAUUAGAAAUCUAAUGCAAAAGUGUGUCACUAUUUACAGUAAUAUUAGUAUGUAAAAAUCUAUCCACAACUAGAUACAAACAGGCAUCAUACGUCUAGCAAAAUUUUAUUAUUAAAACAAUUUGUUUAACUCAAAACAUGUACAUAAUGUAUCACAGUGACACAGUACAUAGACACACACACAGUAGGGUCAAACUAGAGGCAAUAAACACAAAUAUUACGCUAUAAUUUUGUACAGUGUAUUUAUGAAAUUACAGUACAGUACAGUACAGUACAGUACAGUACAAGAAUAAAAACAACAAAGCGGAAAUUUGACUAAAUAACAAGAUAACUGUAAUGUAUUGUAGUAUACCAACCUUAAAUACUGCGCUUGUUUUCACCAUGGAUUGUAAAAGAACUUAUUUUACAAUCCAUGUUUUCACGUUGAUGAUACACGGAGAUUUAACGCCAUCCAACUUAGAAAGAAGAGCCUUGCUAUUGGGAAUAUUUAUAUAAACACAAUUCCUUCGCUCAGACGGAUUAUUUAUAAAUUAAACUAAAAUGACAACACGUCCCAUGCAAUUUAAAAAAAGGUAAACUUGCUAUAGUAAAACGCAAGUCAUAAUGAGGAUCGCAACAGUACAGCAAUAUGCUGUUUUCACAGAGUAUCUGACACUCUUGUCGUUCGAAUGCUUCCAUAUAGGUUUAGUCAGAGAGAUGUUCACUCCUCUACAGUCAACAGUCAAUGAAGUCACACAUGGAAUUAGGCGCUCAAUGUCCAUGAUGCUUUGCGGCCUGCUGUUCAACCUCCUCUGUUAUGGCCUGAUCUGCAAAGUUCUGUCCAUAACACGCAAGGUCAAUUCAUUGCAUUUUCAAUACCAUAUGGAUUCUACCAAGUUACUUCGAGUAAACGAAGAAAAAGAUCUCGGGGUGAUCAUUACUGAGAAUUUGUCAUGGGAAUCAUCUUACCUGCAUUUGUGCGAAGGCUAACAAAUUACUCGAUCUAUUAAAGCGAACAUGUAUUUCAAUUGUUGACGUUGGUUAAGUCCAAGUUAAGUUAUGCGACUGAGGUUUGGUCUCCAGCAAGUUCCUUACUGAAACAUAAAGGCUGAGAAAAUUCAGAGACGUGCUAUGAGAUGGAUCUUACGCGUCAAAGCCGGUGAACUAUCCUACAAAGAGAGACUUCAGCAACUGGAUAUGCUCUCUCUUGCGUACGAUCGCGAGGUCAAGGAUUUCCUUUAUAAGGCAGUGAACGGAUAUAUCGACAAUCAGGUCUCAAAUUGUGUUAACUUUUUGUCAAUCAUGGAUGGACACGUAGAGCAUUGAGUUCCAAAUACUUAGAAACUCCGUUGUGUAAAACUUGUACGUACAGUUCGUCGUAUUUUAAUCGUGUUGUCAAAUUAUGGAACAGUGUUUGUGUCUCGAUUGAUCCUUCCGGAUUCACAUCGCCAUCGUCUUUCAAACUAUACCUCAAGAUGAGGUAUAAACAUAUUCUGGAAACAAUAUUUGAUCCGGACAUGACUUGCACCUGGUCACUUAAACGUGAUUGUGGUUGUCACAAAUAAUAAACUAACAUAACUAAUCAAAUUAAUGUGCAUGCAUAAUAUUAAUAUUUACUAGAAAAUACAUGCAUGCAGAAACCCUCGCCUUGCUGAAUUCCAAACAUGAAGUAUUGUCAUGGUAACACGAUCAUUUUAAGAAUAGUUUUAAAAUUGAAAAAUCCCCCCAAAAUAUCACUUUUAAUUACAAAAUGAUCAUUUUCCCAAACAUAUAUUUGCUAGGUAUGUUAUUAUACGUAAUAUAAGCUUCAAUUUAAUGUGAAAUUCAACCACAAAAUCUUCGCAAAACGUUUUAAAAUGUUCUUAAAACUAAAAGCAAACAAUACAUCAAAUUAAAAACAAACUUACCUUCAGUAACGCCGGCGACUUUGCUCCAUUCUUUUAGACGUUUUCAGGCGGUUUUUGGCUCUCAAAAAGGUUUUGAAAUUUGCAAAAUCUUGCAAAACCCGAGGCAAAACACAAUAUAUUUGCUGAUUUACAAGAAAUGUUUAUUAUUUCGCUGUCGUCAUUUAUCAUACAACAACAAAUUUUAAAUUUAACCAAUCAGUGUUCGCUAUUCACGAAUGUCCGCCACAUAUUUUGAGAUCAGUGAGGAUGACCACCCACUCGACAUCGUUGGUCACCCACGCCCGCGAUCAUUGAUGAACUUUAGACUUCGCUAAUGCUUUCGUUUCCCCGGGUGUAAAUAACUGGGCGGAAUUAGUACGCUCGCCCCGUGCUUACGCCCGGAACGGCGCUCUGCGCCGUUGGCUCAGAGAUUAAGUAAAUAUGUUAUACAGGGUGCCCCAAAGGGGACCAAAGCUGUUGAGAUGGCAUGUUGUUGGGGAUUGAAUUGCCUUAGCACUCAUAAGUGCACAAAAGAACCCAUAAGUGCAUAAAAGCUUGACAAAAGUAAAUUUUAUGAAUAAAGAAACUGUUUAAGAAGUUGCUUUAAAUUCCCAAGAGCAUAAAAUCGUGAGCUUACAAAGAUAUUUUAAAUUCUUCAAUACUCUCAAUAUAUUCAUCCUGUCUAUCAUAUUUUACGCAUAUUUGCGUUCAGUUUGGUGCUGAAGCGUUCGGAUUCUAGCAGUGCGUUGUUUCAGUGGUUUUGGUUUUUUUGGGACACCCUGUACAGUAAACUGUGACUUUAAUUAAAGUGUCUAUGUUAGGAAGAGGAGGGGCACCAUGCAAUGGACUUUACGUCCAGUUUGUGCCUUUUCCGUUUGAGUACAGCUCUUUUAAUUGUAUGUUUAGAUGAAUAUUUGUUGAAUUAAUUUGUACUCGAUAAAGUCAAACAAACAAACAAACAAAAAACAAACAUCUGCUGCCCUAUGACGUAUACUUAUUUGUUAAACCAUGCAUAUAUGUGCUGGUAGCUGCAGUGAUACAGACUUUCCGACUGGAACUUCUCCAGGUCCCCCGCUAAAUAUGUCCCCUCCAGUUACACAUCCUUUAACCUGAGUAUCAGGCCCUUAUGUUUUCAUUCGCCAGGAUUAAUUGGCGGCGGCGAAUGAAGGAGGGCCUGAUACAAUUCUUUACCGCGGCGCAUGUAAAAAGCCAGAUUCUGGCUUUUUCGUCUGAUUGGCCGAUUGGACAAACGAUUUUUUAAAUCUGUCAUUUGAUUGGCUGGUGCUAAUUAGAUUAUACAAUUGUUGUUGAUAUAUUUUAUAACGAUCACAACUACAAUUAUAGCCGGCCCACUAAACGGCUGAAUAUAAAUUAAAACUGCAGUAAAAUUAGAAAAUAAUCGCAAAUUAGCGAAAUAUAUUGCAAAUGUAGCUUAUAUUAAAUCGCCAUCAGAUUGCACUAUCAACUAACUGACGUAUAGUUAUAAAGUAUACUUAAUAUAUGUAUAUACUUUAUAAUUAUAUGUCAGUUUGUCGAUAAAUACGGUAUUAAGCGCCAUGUAAAGCUCAUUGUAGUCACUGAAACCUCUGCGGAGGAGAGAGCAAUCGGGUGACAAUUUAACAUAAGCUACAUUUGCAAUAUAUUUCGCUAAUUUGUGAUUAUUUUUGUUAAUUUUAUAAGUUCAUUGCAGUUUUAAUUUAAAUUCAGCCGUUUAGUAGGCUGCUAUGCUAUAAUUAGAUUGUUUAAAUUUCUCCUGCGACAUUUUGAUUGGAUACUAAAUAUGAACUUUGCUGUGGGUGGAAAGCGAUCAGGUUAAGUUUUGUGUCAGGCUCUAUUUGUAAAAUAGAGCCUGAUACAUCAGGUUACACAGGCCCUGAACCAAAUGUUAUACCUCAUUGCAAUAUGUAUUAUUAAAAGCAAUGCAUGAAGCUAGAAACCUCAACGUUAACAAUUAUUGAAAAAACUCCCUUCCAGCGGUAAAUUCCCCCCCUCAAAAGUUGAAUGGUCGGCCUCUUAGUCGCUAAAUCGUAUGUUUAUAGAUUUGUUACACGCCAUUUCUGUACAAUGUGAAAAAUUACGUGUUAUUUAAAACAAAUAAUAUCUUAAAUUGUUUCUUUGUUAUUUAAGUGGAAAGAGGCAAGUUCAGAUCAAAUAAUGGACUCGAAACUGAAGUGCGUGUUUGAUUUGGCUGAUGAGCAAAUUUCAGAGGUAAUAUACUAAUAGCGAAGAAAUAAAUAACAAGACGCUCGAAAGAGCGGUAACUCGCUAUGGCUAAUGGGUAGACUCGGUUGAAGUCCGUCUCUCAGCGCAAGCGGUCAAAAGCUAAUGGGCUAUAGUGAUACGCUUGUUAGAUGGUACUACAAUCAUAUGGCCAAUUGAAGAGUUAAUUGGGACCUGUCCCCUGUUGCAAAAUUGCGGUGUCCCACUCCGUGCCAAGUUUGGCACCGCUACCUGACAGCAGACGGUUUUUGGGGAGGAGUUUGUUUCGAAACAAAUGUUUCCACUGAGUUCCUAUAAAAAUUCCUUGCACGUUCUCUGAAUUUCCUUUCCGGGCAAAUUAAUUAAUCGCUGACUGAGACCGAUUAUUGGUUUUAUCACAGGGGGUCCAACUAAGAACUGUGUUGUGAAUAUGAAUAAAACAUCAUAUUAAUUAAACGUAAUAUGAAUAAAACAUCAUGACGUAACAUCAUGACGUACAUCCUAGCAUGACCAAAUUGUCGGGCUGGCUACGCCACUGACUUGUAUAAAUCAUAAGAGCUUGCAUGCAUUUACAGUGAAUAGCUUCAAACAUUGCUUCGAACGAACAUAAACAACUUGUAGUUUAUUAUUGUUCAAAUAUGGCGAAUCAAUUGGCAAAACGAAAAUAUUACAUGGCGUUCCCACGAAAAUAACAGCAAGGAUUGCUUGAAUGCUUCAAGAAGUAAAUUUGAGAACAAGGCUCCUGGGCCAAUCAGGGAUUUGAGACAAGUGUAUCAAAAUGGAUUUAUUUUCUUCAUUUUGACCAGCUAAACCCACAACACUCUGAAUCUACAAUAUUUCUCCAUUAUUUUUAAAUAGUAGAAAUGCAGAUUAAAAAUGCAGAUGGUAUUGAUAACAACACGAGUUGAUAAAGAUCUUUAAUGUAAUAUAAACUAACACAACAACUACAGGUGCAUAUUGACUGUUGUACUUUUGAUGACUGAUGGGCAAAGCUUCAUAGCAUUUACAACCUUGUGUUGAAUUUGUACAGAGAUCACGAUGGCGUGACGAUGCUAGGAAGGAGUCACACAGUGUUAUUUUCAAAUGUAUAAACAUUUCAGACGUGAAUAUUGACUUAUUGUCAAUAUUGAGUAAAUCUUUGAGAAUCUACGCAAUAUAUAAAUUGAUGUUAUGCAUUACGGGCAUUUAAUCAAGUACCGAUAUUAUUUAAACGGUAUAUUCAUAUACAGAAGUAGGAAGGAGCGAGAUGCUGAUUUUCAAAUGUAUAAACAUUUCAGACGUGAAUAUUGAGUAAAUCUUUGACAUUCUACGCAAUAUAUAGAGGAUAUUAUGCAAUACGGGCAUUUAAUUAAGUGCCGAUAUUAUUUUGACGGUAUAUUCAGUUAUACAGAGCUAGGAAGCAUUUCAGACGUAAAUAUUGAGAAAAUCUUCGAGAUUCUACGCAAUAUAUAAUUUGAUGUUGUGCAUUACGGGCAUUUAAGCGCCGAUAUCAUUUAAGACCGUAUAUUCAUUAUACAGCGACUGUAUAUAAUUAAUAUUAGGAUGUUAGGGUUUGUAAUCCAAGUGAGAAUAUAUACAUUUUAAGACCUAACCAGGAACGACUGCGAAAAAUGCAGCACAAGGUCCUCUGGUAGGAAUCGAACCUACGGCCCUGCGAUUCCGGAGCAGCGCUCUAACCAACUGAGCUACACAGAAUAUUAAUUGUUCUUGUAAAGAGUCUAAAGAUUAAGAUGGCUACACUCAGUACAGUGAAACCCUAUAUGAACCACAGAAUUAUAAACUCUGUGGUGGCAUUCUGUGCGGAAUUGCUGAAACCACACACACAGCACGUGUCAAGCAUGAUUGUUGUUGCAUGUUUGGCAGUCUAAAUAUGGACAUGAUUAAUUUAGGGUUCAGAAAUCAGGGUUGCAUAACACCCGCAUGUGAACAUCACGUGCUGAUAUUCAAUAAUAUGAUUGGCUGGUGCAUGAAUGCCACACAGCGAAAAAUUGCAUCAGAUCAGUGGAGCGUAAACAACUAAUCGAAACGAAUGUUUGUAUGGCGUCUACGAAGAAAAUAACUUGCUAGACUAAAGAAAAUCUCUUGACUCGUCAGAGCUUUUUAUUUAAACGAGAAAGACGAGGAGAUAGCCCACGUGUUAUCGCCAAUCGCUUGACUUGCCAGCGAGCUUUAUGCAAUAGAAGAGAAAGGUAAGGAGAUAGCCCACGUGUUAUCGUCAAUCGCUUGACUUGCCAGCGAGCUUUAUGCAAUAGAAGAAAAAGGCAAGGAGAUAGCCAACGCGUUACCGUCACGGACCUUGUUCACGGGUCUAGCACAACGGUGCAAAAUCGUGUUCAGUGCAAAGAGAACUCUACCAGGUCUAACGAGAAUCUAUAUGUAUCAAAGCUUAUCAAAACUGCUAUAAACGCUGAUAUAACUGUGAAACUAUUGAAAUCUAAAGUGACAUUGAAUACAUGCGAAAACCUAACGGACAGUAUAUGGGCUAGCUAACACCCUGCGGAGUCGCAUGAAAGUUUUAUUUGUAAUGCACCGCAUUUAGCUAGUACUCUUUACUGUGUUCUUACAAAAGCAUAGUUAGCACUUAGCAGUCUUAUAUCGAGUUUAUAUUUCAUACAAUUGUUCCUGUGGCUGUGCAUCGGUGAUCGCUGUCUUUAACUUUGUAUUUCUGUCUUUGUCGGGCUAUAAGAUUAACAGGAUUUAUUUUGCAUUAAUACAUCUCCAAAUUCAUUGUUCUUGUCGUUGAAUCCUCAAUGCAGUAAAAUAUCAGUUUAAAAGAACGUAAACAUUCAAAUUGGCAGGAGCCUUAUGGAUAAUUUGGGUAAAAAUUAGAUAGCUCAUUAGUAUUCUAUUUUGUGGCUAUCAAUCGGAGAAAAAUGUGAGCCGAAACCUACAGUCGCCAGGGCACAGGUGCCCCAGCGAGUAAUAAACAUUAAAAUUUAUUCGACACAUUGACAAUUAGAGGUGUGCAAAUCCGAUCCGAUCGGAUUCGUUCGGAUUUCGGAACCAAAAUAUUCAUAUCGGAUCGGAUUGAUAAAGUUGUUUCGUAGUCGGAUCGGAUCGGACUUCGAUAUCCGAAAUAAAAUGAAUUAAUUAUCCACGCAUUAUCGCAAGAAUUAAUUAUCCAUGCAUUUAUCAAAGCAUUAUCGCGGUUGUCGCUGCAUUAUUCGUUUGUUACUUCAAUUGGACGUCACCUUGUCAGCUUCUUGACAUGCAUUUCUUGCUUUUUUAUUUAUUUGGUUAAAUAUUUCAACUUGAAUGAGAAAUUUAUUUUAUUAAAGAAUUCUUCGGAUCGGAUUGGAAUUAUCAAAACUCGGAUCGGAUUCGGAUUAUUAGACAAAUUAGGCAAUUGUCGGAUUAUAAACGUCCAAUCCGAUCCGAUGAACACCUCAUUGCUCUCCUAAACAUUAAAAUUUGCCACUUUUGUGUUGAAACUUGAAAGCUUGUUACCAUGGCAACAGCGUGCGUAGAGUAAAGCUAUUUAAAAAUUCCCUUCUGUGAAUAUUUUUAAAACUUUGCAUAAAAGAUAAUACUGAUAUAAUGAUUUUUUUUCUUGAAUUUUAAAAAACUAAAUCGAUACGUUUCUUAGAAAAUUUAAAAAACGUCAAAAAUCAAUAUUAAAAAAUACCGCUUCGAUUGAAUUUUAAGAAAAAAAGCUAUUGCAUUAGUUGAGCCGAUAUUAAGAAAAGUUUAAAAAAUUUUACCGAAGGAAAAGGGAGAAAUUUUGGUUUAAUUUUGGCAUUUUUUACGAAAUUUGACGCGAACGAUUAUCACAUCUGACGUGUACAUUUCGUAAACAACAAGGCAUGAUUUUUUUUAAUUACAAAAUAUAAAUUAUGUUUGAUACACUGUUUUACUCUGUCGGUUAAAGGUCAACUAAGCGUUGAUUAUUACAUGUAAAAUUGGCAAAGAUAUUUAGGUAAUUCCUGUUUAUGACUUGUUGGUAUUAAUUUGAAAAUGUUUGUCAAAAUUCGUCCCGUUCGAGUUUGUACUAUCGUCCGAUGUUUAGUCGAUGUUAUGGAAUUAUUAGCUAGAUAAUACCAGAUGUCUCACUCUGUAUCUAUGGUAACUUCACUUUGGCUUUUAUGGGUAACAAUUUGGCACGUAUAAGGGCUGUGCGUCAAACCUAAAGCUUCCGUGUGAAAGCUGUGGGUGGAAACAAGAGCAUUCUCACUCCAUAACCAUUGCCCUCUAGGAGAAACCAGUUGGUGUCGAUAUCAACGUGCCAAAGUGAAAGGAGAUGCGAGCGAGCACAAGCAUGGUGCUGGAUUGCCAAUGCCAGUUAUAGAAAAGAUCAAACCUAUUUACCAGCGGCUUAGCCAAAUGAUCUUCUUGAGAAGUGCCUGCAUGGCAAAACUCAAAACCAAAAUGAGUCCCUAACUGCUAUGAUUUGGCAGCGAGUGCCGAAAUAAAUUUUUGUGGGGCCGGGACGCCUUGAAUUUGGGAUGUAUGAUGCCAUUUCCUAUUUCAACAUUGGAGCUACAACAGCCUUAAAACAGUUUGAGGAGCUGAACAUUGCUAUUGGAAAGUACACACAACAAAGUUGUGAUAUGCUUAACAAAGAACGCAUUUACGCACCUGAGUACAAAGAGAUUGACUCUUCAAAAAAGAGGAGAGUAGUAUUACAGUGCGUCUACAGUAAGUGGAGCCGCUUACUUAGAGAACACUAACCAAUCAGAUUGCAGAACAAAAAUAGACAUCUAAUCAAACUACUGCUGUCCAAUGAAAAGAAAGCAUGGAGUUCGCUUCAGGAAGCCAGUAGCUGCAGUGUUUACUUUUCAAGGUUAUUUUUACCGUUUGACAUUCUUUAUUUGUUAAAAUUGAAGAUUUUGCAAGGGCGCGAAGCACCCGCAGUAAAGUCGAGAUUAUAUAAGAACACAGAAGUAAGAUAUAACAAUGCUUUAUUCCUCAUAAGUCACAUACAUAGCUGAUGAAGCCUAAAUACUAAAAUAAAAUGUCAGUUUAGCGACCUCGCCAUAUAACGAGCAAUCGAAUGACCAAUGGGUCGACGGGAAAACCGUCAAUAGGGGGAAGGAUGCCUGAUAAUGCGGAGCGAUAUGUAUUCGAUGUCUUAUAUUCUGAUCCUUCAUUGAACGAAUCAGCAAGAAAACUAGUUGUAUCGGCCAAAGAGUGGCGAAGUGGAUCAAUUUCCCGGCCGAGACACCAGCCAUGUCAUUUUUUCCAGGCGGAGACGUAAACUGCGUUUGUGCCUAGCUGCCAAGAUGAGCUUGGAAGCAUCUGUACGAAUGCCUUCCGAUUGUGAAGAUCGCUUGAUACAUGCCAAGCGGCCAAUUGAAGAGUCUGGUUCGCAAUCAAAGGGUGUAUCUCCCCCUGAGGGCCUAGUAACAGAGAUGUGCUCAUAGGGAGGAGAACUGGUAGGGAUACUGAGAGAUCCAAUAAGUUGCCGUUGGUGUACCAAGCUUGCGUUGGUCACAAAUGUGUGACUAGUAUAAACUCUGCCCCUUGUGCCCUCAACUUCGCUAGUGAUCUCAUUUACAGGCAAAACGGAGGGAAUGCAUACUAGCUUUUCUCGUGCGACCAAUCCUGUUGAAGGGCAUCCGAGGCAAUCGCUUUUGGAUUUGGCCUCUAGCUGAAAAACUGAGGCAACUGGGCAUUCAGUCUGUCCGCAAAAAGGUCUUUGGUACAUGGCCCACGAAUCUGCAUCAGAGCGCGGAACACCUGUGGGCACAACUGCCAGUUGCUCGAAUCCAAAGUGUUGUCCAUGCGAAAUCUCACAUGGACACAUAAUUGACCCUUGGUGAAGCUCUUCACCGCAAGGGAUCCUGGCAGAAGCUCCAGACAAUUUAUGUGGAGUUCCUGCUGCCUCGUCCAUCAUCGCUUCAGUUUCGAAUAGAGAUCGGUGGGAGAACAAUGGGCACGCAGGGCUUUAUGGGAAUGCGAUAAAACGUGAAGCUACUCGAAAUCGCGAAUUCAAGAUGGCGUCCGUUGUAAUGGCGGAGAUAUAAUGCAGAUUGGGAGGAUUUUCAAGGCCGUUACACAGGCAGUUUUGGCAAAUAAAGUCGUUUGCCCGGUGCCCAAGUAUGGCGUACAAUUUCCGCCAAAAUUCAAGAUCUCAUUUUCAACACCCAAGUUCGCAUUUUGAACACACAAGUUUGUAUUUUGAACACACAAGUUUGUAUAUCAUGCUUCGCUCGCUACUCUGGUUUAAAUAAAUGAUUACAAAGCCCAGUCGAAUUGUAAUCAAGACCCAACGUUUCGACACUCCAGUCUAGUGUCUUCAUCAGGGGUGAUCUAAAACUGCGAUCGUGGCUUCUUAAAUACCCAAGGGAUGACGUCACCUGCCAAGAAGAUGCAUAUAUUCUUCUGGCAAAAUAACUCCGAGGGUGAUACCUCUGUUAAGGGUUUUGCAAUAGUUCCAUACAUUCAAGGUGUCACAGAACCAAUCAAGAGAAUCUUAAGUAAUUGUAAUAUUAAGGUUGCCUUAAAACCCUAUUUGACCUUAGGCCAUAUUUUCGCAAAGCCAAAAGAUCCUGUUGAAAAAAAUCGGAAGACUCAUGCUAUAUAUUCUAUACCAUGCGGUGACUGCGAUAAAGAGUAUUUGGGUCAGUCUAAACGCCAGUUUGGUACACGGCUAAAAGAACAUCAAAAGGCUGUUUCAACUUUAGACAAGGGAAAAUCAGCUUUAGCCGAACAUGUAUGUUACACUAAACACGAGAUUGCGUGGGAAAACUCUAAAGUAAUUACCACAAACAAUCGCUAUGGUCAAAGACUUUGCCUAGAAGCGUGGCAUAUAAAUAUGAGUCAUCAUGCUUUGAAUAGGGAUGACGGCGCCUAUUUGCCAGAGGAAUAUAUGCAUCUUCUUGGCAGGUGACGUCAUCCCUUGGGUAUUUAAGAAGCCACGAUCGCAGUUUUAGAUCACCCCUGAUGAAGACACUAGACUGGAGUGUCGAAACGUUGGGUCUUGAUUACAAUUCGACUGGGCUUUGUAAUCAUUUAUUUAAACCAGAGUAGCGAGCGAAGCAUGAUUGAUAUACCUGGUUGCAGUGAACGAACAAACUUUAUAAGUUUGUAUAUUUUGAACACACAAGUUUGUACUUUGAACACACAAGUUUGUAUUUGCAUCAACGAUUUAUAUUUUUGACAUUAAAGUGUUAAUUUCAACAUUAAAGUAAUUUUGGCAGAAACGGGGCGUACAAUAUCCGCCAAAAUUCAAGUUUGCAUUGUCAACACACAAGUUUGCAUUUUCAACACGCAUGUUUGCAUUUUCAACACACAUUAUAAAAUAACAUGUAUAUAACGCGUGCUCUGAUUGGUCGAAACCCGUGUUUGGAUCGCGCUUUUCUUAACUCUCGCAACAUUCCCGCGUGUUUGGAUCAGGCCAUCCAAACACGGAAACCAUGAAGUAAUUGUAUGUAACUACACAAGUUAGUAUUUUGAACACACAGGUUUGUACACAAGGGGCCCAGGCUCUGUGUUGGUAUUUAUUUAUUUAUUUUUAUAUAUUGCAAAAUAUUGUAAAAAAAUAAUGCCUGAAUACGCACUGAUUCAAAAUAUUGGUGGACUUACUUGUUUACUGUGUCAUUUACUUCCCUCUCGCCGAUUUUCAGGCUAUUUCGUUGAAUCCAGCCUAUAUUGUAUGUCAUCUAAUAUUACCCACUAUCAAUAAUAUAACGCGAAGCUAGGUAGCUGUAACGCCGGGCGAACUUGGGCAAGACAUUAUUUUCAACAAAACUCGCCGAUAAAAUAUUGCCAAACGCUUCUAAAGCCGCGGCUAUACAUAUUUAUGUUUAUUCAAUCUUCCCAACUGGUAAAUCCUUUCCCUCGCUUUUCCUUGAAGAAUUAAAAGAACUUUAUGUAAACUAAAGUACUUUCUCCGAACUCGUGAGUCGAUCUGCCCUGGAACCAAACCGUUAGAAUUUGAAUUUUUCCAACUUCGUAACCGCACCUCUCGUUAAAAUAUUUCUCCUCAACCCUCCUGAUUGAUUAAUUGCACGUUAAUUGACCAAAAUUACUUUGAUGUUGAAAUUAACACUUUAAUGUCAAAAAUAUCAAUGGUUAAUGAUGCAAAUACAAACUUGUGUGUUCAAAAUACAAACUUGCGUGUUCAAAAUACAAACUUGUGUGUUCAAAAUACAAACUAGUGUGUUCAAAAUACCAACUUGUGUGUUGAAAAUGCGAACUUGCGUCUUGAAAAUGCGAACUUGCGUGUUGAAAAUGCGAACUUGUGUGUUGAAAAUGCGAUCUUGAAUUUUGGCGGAAAUUGUACGCCAUACCCAAGUGCUCCAACAUAAGUUUUUUUUUGAAAGUACUGGAUUAGCCACGUAUUAGCACAGCAUUUUCGUAUGGCUCCUAAGAAAGACAGAUGACAGACCAAGAUAUAUCAGAUUCUUGUUCGACCAUGAAGCGUAUGUAUGGCGAGGAAACGUUAAAGUAUAUUUCCUGUUUAUUGAAGAAGAGUACGAAGGUAUGUUCAUUUACAUGCAUUUUACAUAUUUUACGCUCAAAAAUGUAUCAAUUGUCGCAAUUUAAUAUAUGUGCAUAUUUAAAAUAUCAUUUUAAAAUUAUUUAAAUUAAUAACUUCGAAUAUUGACUGUUGUAAAUACUGAUAAGUGGUUUUUGGUUCGACGUUUUCUGAAGAAGGAAACGUUAUUUCCAUAUGUGGCCAAGUUGCCAAAAUAUACAGAAUGUUUCUUUUGCACUCUGGCAAACUAAAGACAUACGCCAAUCAAAAUAAUCCCUGUCGGAUCUGAGGUAAUGUAUUGUUAAAAUAAUUUCUAUUAAUCAUUUUAUAGCCUUUGCACCAUUUGCACCAAGUUAAUAUAUUGUUUUCACCAUUGUGUUUGCAUAAUUGCAUCCCUUGCAAAUUUACCUAUAGGGAAUUCCAUUGUGUUUGCACCCCUUGCAGGAAGGGCCUAUUGCCGAGUCUAUUGCUUUCAGUGUUUGAGGCUUAACACCAUACUGAAUACUGAGCUGAUUUCAUCGAUGCAUUUUUCAAAACAAACCCUUGUGCACUUACUCAGUAUCAGGUUCAAACAGUGACAGUACCUUAAAAAGGCCUGCUAUACAUAGUGAUAUCUCCAUUAUCAGGCAAACCCAGCUUUUGCAGAAAAAUCUCCCAUGUUUGAACCUCUUUCAGCAUACUGUUAUUAAUUUCAUUGUGGAAAAACAUAGGUGGGAGGGUCCUGGCCAUGUACAAAUUAGAUCAUGUAUCAAGGCUAUUGGAAGCGGGGGGCGGAGGGGCUUCCCCAAUAUUCCAUUUGUAUAAGCAAACACACACAAAAGAACUAGAAAAGUGUCACGCUGGUCAUAUUCAGCAAAUUUUCUCCCAGUACCGCAGGCUAGCAUUUUCAGCAGACUUGCGGUGAAAAAUUGAAACUUUUGCAUUUUUCAAAGAAUUGGCCACAUUCUGUAAGAUGUCCGCUGACAAUACGAGCCCGCACGAGUGGGAGAAAUUUCGCUAAAUUUGACCAACGUGUGGGAAAAAAAAAUUACUUCUGACGGUUUUGUGUAUAUACAUUGUAAGACAUUUUAGGGAUAUACCAGAUUUUCUAAGGGACCAGUCAUUAAUAAUGGGAGGGAGGCGGUGGGUGAGAAGGGGGGGUGGGGGGGUGGGGCGGCUUCAACUAUUUUUGCUUGAACUGGGUGCGGCCUCAAGGCUCAAACUGAAAAAUAUGUGACAAAAGGGCACCCCCAAUUUUUUAAUACUUUCCUACUCAUUUUCAAUCUCUCGUCUUUAUCUAGACUUGGUUCAAGUCCGUCUCUCAAGGGGUUGAAAAUAGCGAUGCACGCAAACGGUCAAAAAAGGCGCGAAAAUAUGAGAGAAAAGUAGGGAAGAGACGGACUUGGAUACCCUGCAAGCGCGCCAAAUUUUACCGUCGGAUUUUUCCUACGGAGGCGUGGCUUGCCAGUUGAGAACAACAACAGAUUUUCGCGCCAAUUUUUGCAAGUAACAUUCGAAAUGCUGCGAAUGUCCCAAGUCCGUCUCUCCCUACUUUUCUCCUGAGACGGACUUAAACCAAGUCUAGCCUUUGUCGUAUCCCACAAAAUAUUUCACCUUUUUUAGUUCAUAUAAUCGUAGUUUCCAUAAUUUAUGACGUAUAUCCAAUUCAACAUAGGAGUCGGUGUAAAUUAUAACUAUUUUCUUACACCAGUGCUGGUCCCAUUACCUAUUUUACACCACAAAAUGUAACAAAUUAAAUGCUGGAGGGGGGAAGUCUUAAAUGUUCUAGAUGAAGGUGGCGGCAUCUUGAAAAUAAAGGUCUUGCGAUUUGGGCGGCCCUAUAAAAUGUUCAAUAUUUGUUAUUUGUCACUCACCGCCUUAAAAUAUCGGUCGGUCACGGACAUUGUCCGACCCAUUCGUGAAAUUAUCCGACGUAGAAAGGAAAGGGAAAGAAAGGAAAGGAAAGGGAAAUUUUAAUGAGGUUUAUUGUUUGUCCGACCUGAGUGUAUUUGUGUCCGACCGAACUGUAAGCUUUGUCCAACGUAAAUCAAAGUUGUCGAAGUUUUUAUUAAUACUGCUGUUUUGGCAAGCAAGUUAAUUUUGGCUUGGGAAUAAGUAUGAAAGAAACAAAUUAUGUAAUAUCUUCACAGCAUUUACCGUUCAGAAUUAAUACAUUGUGCUGAUAUUCAUUUGUGUCAUUCAAACUUAUUUCCGAGUCAAAACUGAACUGAAGGUCAUCGGACAUAUGUCCAACCCAAACUCAACGUCAUCGGACAUUUUGUCAGACGUCCCUGUAAAAGAUAUUUUAAGGCCUGCCGCCCACCUCCCAUUAUUAAUGACCGGUCCCUAAGAAGUUCUUUUCUUGCAGGCUAUUAAAGAAAAUGAAUGAAUGAAAUG